UCACACACUCUGUUCCACACGGUGUUAGAAAGUGUUCUCCGGUGAGCUUCGUCCAAAUGUGGAGUUUCACAAAAGACGGCGGAACCGCGCAGGCGAACCAGUUCUGCGAUCAACAUGGGUCUCCCUUUAGCUUGUACUGUAUGGAUGAUGAAAAGUUAGUUUGUUCAUCCUGUCGACUAGGUAGCGAACACACCGGGCAUGAUCUCGUUGCAGUGCAGCAAGCUGCGCCAGUACUCAAGAAAAUCGUCGGGGAUUCUCGAGGGACCUUGACCAAGAAGUUGGAGGGGCAUGAAGAAGCUCGCCUCACCUUAAAUACGAUGAGCCGGCACGUUAAGAGCCAGGCCCAGCAGACGGAGAGAGAGAUAAAAGACGAGUUUGAGAAACUCCAUCGGUUUCUGCGGGAGGAAGAGGAGGCCAGGAUUGCCGCGAUGAAGAAGGAAGAGAAGCAGAAGAGUCAGAUGAUGAAGCAGAGGAUUGAGAAGAUAACGAUGGAGAUGUCCUUCAUCGCAAACACAAUCAGCACCAUAGAGAAGGAACUGCAAGCUGAAGACAUCUCCUUCCUGCAGGGUUAUUCACAAACAAUUAAAAGGAUCUGGCAAUCCCUGCAGGAUCCUCAGAGCUCUGGAAUGUUCUCCAGCGGUGUGACCCAGUUAAUUAAUCGGAUGAAGACUUCAUUCUCGACACCAGGGCAGAUCCAUAAUGACACCUUGACAAGGAUCUACGGCACACCGCCGAAACCUGAGCCAAUCACAAACGGUUUGAUUGAUGUGGCCAAACACCUGGGCAAUCUCAAGUACAGGGUCUGGGAGAAGAUGCUGGGGACUCUGCACUACACUCUUGUGACUCUGGACCCCAACACUGCUACUCCGUGUCUCUCUCUCUCUCGGGAACUGACCACUAUGAAGUUCUGUACAGACAACCCUCAGCUCCCCGACAACCCAGAGAGGUUCACCUUCGGAGCCAAAAUAUUGGGGUCCCAAGGCUUCACCUCCGGGAUACACCGGUGGGACGUGGAGGUGGGGGACAACUCCAACUGGGCGGUGGGAGUGGCCACACAACCUAUUGAGAGGAAGGGAGAAACCACUGGGCAGGUUUUAGCCCUGUACAACAUGAAUGGUCACUACCAUACCACUGGAAUGGGGCUCAUUUCAGUGAGAUAUAAGCUACGUAGGGUGCGGGUUGAACUGGACUGGAACAGGGGAAACGUGACCUUCUCUGACCCAGGCUGUUCUGGCCCCAUCACUGCCAUGAACUUCUCUCACAGAGAGCGGCUGUUUCCAUAUUUCCAGAGCUUGUGUGAGGAACACCCUCUGCAGAUCUCUCCAGACGAGGUCAGCAUCACUAUAGAAGCUCCAAACUUCAGCACCUGCUGCAGUCACCAGAGCGCCAAUUAA